UGCAGUAUUCCGAGACAUUGUUGUCGUAAAGCUUGCGAAUCGACUCGGACAAACUCAGGUCUGCCAGGAGGCCAGCCAUUAUAAGUAUCGUUAAAGGGGGUAACGCCUGGUCGAGCUUAGCGCUCCGGCGACGACAAAAGAGCAACCAUGACUAGGGGAAAUCAGCGUGAACUUGCCCGUCAGAAGAAUGCUAAGAAGCAAACCGAUCAGUCCAAAGGGAAGAGAAAUGAGGAUGGCCUCUCAGCAACUGCCCGUAAGCAAAGAGAUGCUGAAAUCAUGCAGCAAAAGCAAAAAAAGGCCAAUGAGAAAGGGGACCCUAAAAGCAAAUAACCAGUGAAUUGGGCAUUGACCGACAUGGCAUCCAGAUUUUUUUCUUUUGUCAAGAGAGACUAUCUGUCAUUGUGUAGAUGUGAAGACUUUGAUUCUCUAAUGUUUCAACCCAAACUUCAUAAUGUGCUUGAAAGGGCAUAUCAACUAUACAAUCCAUAAUGAUUUGUGUUCGGCUAUCGAGAAGAGAGUUUUUUUAUGUUCAAAUAAUUGGAGCAAGCCCAAAAAAUGGGAGUCUCAAAAAUGUCUGGACUGGCAUUGUAAUCUUGUAUUUUUGUAUGAAGUGCCCUUCUUAAUAAAAUGUACAUUUUAAUUCACACCUAGCAAUUAAACGGUUAUCCCUA